AUGAGCGAGAGCGAUGGCCUGGAACGGUCGAAGACGCGCGAAGCAGCAUCACAGGAGGCGACCCAGAGUCUGUUUCUGCGACGACGAGAGCUUAAGCUCGGAAUCCAGAGGGUAGAGCUACGGCUCUACCGGCGGACUCGCACAUCCUCAGAAAUCUUCACGAAGCCGCCACACUUCGUCUACAUCAUCCGCUGUAGCUGGGACGGAGAGCAAUCUUCGUGCAGGUCGCUUUCGUCGCCCCGUGGACCUCCACCGAGGAGCCAAUCUCCUCGUGUUGAGUCUCCCAGAGGCUUCGAGGAGCCUUGGCCCUGGUGGGAAAGCUUGCCAAAGUGCUACACAGUACGAAGGAGGUGGCACGAGAUCGUCAGGUUCCACGAGGCCUUGAAGCACGAGCUUGCCAACGAUCCGGUUCUAGGGUGUAGACGUGUGAAGGCCAAGCUUCCGGUUCUCCCCGACCCGGCGGAUGUGGACAGUUGGCUGAAGACCUAUGCGGCCACGAACGAUGCCUGUGCUUUGGGUCGCUCCGCCGUCGAAGUGCAGAGAAAGGCUGCUUGCUUUCAGGGUGUGAUUUGUCACGGACAUGCGUACAUGUGCUUCUGUGUCUUGGUUAGGAUUCACGCCAACUUUGUCUCACUACGCAGCUUGACUGCUCAAGGACCGCUUUGCGAGUCCCAGGAAAAGACCGCUUACAGCCUGGGGGUUGUAGGACCUGUCUUCUACCUGAGCGUCAACCUUACGGUUUUAAUCUCUGAUCAUCCUUGCUUUGCUUUGCUGCUUUGCCUUGAUCUACGAUUGGUUGCCUUGGGCUUUGUGACCGAGAGUUGA